UUCAAACAUGGAAGUUGCAAGACUCAUUCGUUAUUUAAAAAAUGAUUAUAAUAAAUUAAAAUAUUUAUAUAUUAAUUAUAAAUAAAUAAUGGAGUAGUUAGAUGAAUUGACAUACAAUAAAUAAAAAUAUAUUUGAAGCCAAAAAAAUAGGUAACACUUUAUUUGUAUUUUAAUAUGACAAUAAGUUGCAAUAAUUUAUUUUUGGAGUGUAUUGUGAAUUUAAUCAACAUUAUCUUAAAGUAUAAAAAUAUCCACAUGGAUAUUGUUCAAUGAAUAACUGCCACGUAUUGAAUUUGAUCUUGGCGCCAGCCACACAAGCACACAACAGAAAAAGAGAACUCGAUCGCUCUUUCUUUCUCUGCAACUAACAACAAUGGCUCUCACUCUCAGAGUUGCGAAUGUAAACCUAGGGUUUGAGUCGUCAUGUUCCCGUUCAUCUUCUGUUUCUCUUAAUUCCUCCAAAUCUCGUAGCUUCGUGUUUCGGUGCUCUCAAGUUCAGCAAUUGUCAACUACAGAAGAAUCUGAGAACUCACUCAUUGAAGCUCUUGUUGGCAUCCAAGGACGAGGACGUUCUUCUUCUCCCAAUCAACUCAAUGCUAUUGAACAAGCUAUUCAAGUUCUGGAGACUUUAGGGGGUGUAUCUGAUCCUACGAACUCAAGUUUGAUUGAAGGUCGCUGGCAACUCAUUUUUACUACAAGACCUGGAACAGCAUCGCCUAUUCAGAGAACAUUUGUCGGGGUUGAUUUUUUUAGUGUAUUUCAAGAGGUUUAUCUUCGAACAAAUGAUCCGCGCGUAAGCAAUAUUGUAUCAUUUUCUGAUGCCAUUGGUGAGCUCAAAGUGGAGGCAGCAGCAUCCAUUAAAGACGGAAAAAGAAUCCUUUUUAGGUUUGACAGAGCUGCCUUUUCUUUUAAAUUUCUUCCAUUCAAAGUUCCAUAUCCAGUUCCAUUUAAGCUACUUGGAGAUGAAGCAAAGGGCUGGUUAGACACCACAUACUUGUCGCAUUCCGGAAACCUUCGCAUCUCAAGAGGAAAUAAGGGAACCACAUUUGUGCUGCAGAAGCAAACUCAACCUAGACAAAAGUUAUUAACUGCAAUUUCGUCGGGGGUGCGUGUUAGAGAGGCAAUAGAUGAACUCAUUUCCUUAAAUAAGAAAUCUGAGGAUAAAGAACCAGAACUAGAAGAGGGUGAGUGGAAGAUGAUAUGGAAUUCACAGACUGUGACAGAUAGUUGGUUAGAGAAUGCUGCUAAUGGUCUGAUGGGAAAGCAGAUUGUUGGGAAGAAUGGACGAAUAAAGUAUGUGGUUGAUAUCUUGCUUGGGCUGAAGUUCUCCAUGACUGGAAAUUUUGUAAAAAGCGGCCCAAAAGUGUAUGAGGUUACAAUGGAUGAUGCAGCCAUAAUUGGUGGCCCAUUUGGAUAUCCUCUAGAAUUUGGCAAGAAGUUCAUCUUGGAGAUUUUAUUCAGUGAUGAAAAGGUCAGAGUUAGCCGUGGAGACAAUGGAAUUAUUUUUGUACAUGUUCGCGCGGAUGCAUCGAGGUGAUCGAAUUAGUAAUGAUUUAUUAUGGGAGACCUCCAAAAAGAUUGGACAUCAUUUUGUGUUGAAGAUUUGACAAGUGUGUAUUUAACCAUUUCUUGACAAGUGUGUAUUUAACCAUUACUGUUAACCACCUAUCAUUGCUGCCUAAACACUGUACACGCAAAUGACUUUUUAUUUUUUAUUUUUUU